UCGGCGGUAGACUGGCUCUCCAGCGGAGGGUGGAGACGCGUCGCCGAGGCUGCCAGCAACGUUGAGCGAAGCCAGUCGGACACCAUGGCGGACAGCCGGGAUCCAGCCAGCGACCAGAUGAAGCUCUGGAAGGAGCAGCGGGCCUCGCAGAAACCUGACGUCCUGACCACCGGGGCCGGUAAUCCAAUCGGAGACAAACUUAAUGUUAUUACAGCAGGGCCCCGGGGACCUCUUCUUGUUCAGGAUGUGGUUUUCACUGAUGAAAUGGCUCACUUUGACCGGGAAAGAAUUCCUGAGAGAGUCGUGCAUGCAAAAGGCGCAGGAGCUUUUGGCUACUUCGAGGUCACUCAUGACAUUACCAAAUACUGCAAAGCAAAGGUGUUUGAGCAUAUUGGAAAGAGGACUCCCAUUGCGGUUCGAUUCUCCACUGUCGCUGGAGAGUCGGGCUCAGCUGACACAGUUCGGGACCCUCGUGGGUUUGCAGUGAAAUUUUACACAGAGGAUGGUAAUUGGGAUCUUGUUGGAAAUAACACUCCCAUUUUUUUCAUCAGGGAUGCCAUACUGUUUCCGUCCUUUAUCCACAGUCAAAAGAGAAACCCUCAGACGCACCUGAAGGAUCCGGACAUGGUCUGGGACUUCUGGAGCCUGCGCCCUGAGUCUCUGCAUCAGGUUUCUUUCUUGUUCAGUGAUCGAGGGAUUCCAGAUGGACACAGGCACAUGAAUGGAUAUGGAUCGCAUACUUUCAAGCUGGUUAAUGCGAGUGGAGAGGUAGUUUAUUGCAAAUUCCAUUAUAAGACUGACCAGGGCAUCAAAAACCUUUCUGUUGAAGACGCAGCACGACUUUCCCAGGAAGAUCCUGACUAUGGCCUCCGAGACCUUUUCAAUGCCAUCGCCACAGGCAACUACCCCUCCUGGACUUUUUACAUCCAGGUCAUGACGUUCAGUGAGGCAGAAACCUUUCCAUUUAAUCCAUUUGAUGUCACCAAGGUUUGGCCUCACAAAGACUACCCUCUUAUCCCAGUUGGGAAACUGGUUUUAAACCGGAAUCCAGUGAAUUACUUCGCUGAGGUUGAACAGAUGGCAUUUGACCCAAGCAACAUGCCACCUGGAAUUGAGCCCAGCCCUGACAAAAUGCUUCAGGGCCGCCUUUUUGCCUAUCCUGACACCCACCGCCACCGCCUGGGACCCAACUAUCUUCAGAUACCUGUGAACUGUCCUUUCCGUGCUCGAGUGGCCAACUACCAGCGUGACGGCCCCAUGUGCAUGGUCGACAAUCAGGGUGGUGCUCCAAAUUAUUACCCCAAUAGCUUUAGUGCCCCCCAAGAACAACGCUGUGCCAUCGAACAUAGCAGCCGGUGUUCUCCGGAUGUGCAGCGCUUCAACAGUGCCAAUGAAGACAAUGUCACUCAGGUGCGGACCUUCUAUAUGAAGGUACUGAAUGAAGAGGAGAGGAAACGCCUGUGUGAGAACAUUGCUGGCCAUCUGAAAGAUGCACAACUUUUCAUCCAGAAGAAAGCGGUCAAGAACUUCAGUGAUGUCCAUUCUGACUAUGGCGCCCGCAUCCAGGCUCUUUUGGACAAAUACAAUGCUGAGAAACCAAAGAACGCCAUUCACACCUUGAUGCAGCAUGGGUCUCACUUGGCUGCCAGGGAGAAAGCGAAUCUGUGAGGUCAGCACCCUGGUCUGGCCCCAGGUUGCUCUCCACCUGUGAAGCAGAGCACGGUGUCCACUCUUCGCUGGAUAGAGCCUUCUCCUGUGCUAGGUGUGCAAAGGCAAGCUCAUGCCUUUAAAAUGAUAAUCCAGGUUUCUAUAGCAAGUAAUGCAGCAAUGGCUUUUAAUGCUGUUCCCCUAGAAGGAAGUGAGGGUUAGGGCUUAACCGGUCAUAUUAAAGAAAAUGUAUUUGCUUUGACAUUUGGAUUAUUCACUUAAGAUGACUGGAAUGAAAGUUUCUAACAGAAAGAUGAUUUUAUUUGAUAAAAAAAAAAAUCUUGCUGAAGUUAGUAUGUUUACAUAUCAUCUCAUGGCCUUAUUAAAUAAAAAUAUGUCUGUGAUUAUAUAAGAAGAAAAGAUAAUCUGCUCAGAAAUUUUAAUUUUUCUCAUUUCCCUAUAGAAAAAACACAUUUAAUGCAUUGAUGUUUUUUGACAAUAACUUCAGUGACAUCAUAGCUUAAUGCUUAUUCCUGCUUGGAACUGCUCAGCCUUUUUUAAACUUGGGAUUACACUUAUGCUAAUAUAGCAUUGAUUUUACAACAGACUGAUUUGUAAUUGUUACAUUUUUACAAUAAAAUAAUCUGUACAUAAGAAUAGAAGAAUGAUAUUUGAUUUCUUUAGGCUCUUUCUGGAAUUUGGACUCUUAAUCCGAGUAUCAUGUGUUAUC